GGAGGCUUCCCUAGGGAGUUCAAGUCCAGUUGGCUCUUUAUCAUCAGAGGACCAUGACUUUGAUCCAACAGCAGAAAUGUUAGUUCAUGAGUAUGAUGAUGAGAGGACUUUGGAGGAGGAAGAGUCUCUGGAUGGAGGAAGGAAUUUCAGCUCUGAGAUUGCAGAUCUGGAAAAGGAGGGAAAUAUGCCUUUGGAAGAAUUAUUGGCCAUCUAUCGCUAUGAGGCCUCAGCAGGCUCCAGUAUAGACAGCUCCUCUGGAGAUCUUACUGAUGAGCUGCCUGACAUGACUUUGGACAAGGAGGAAAUAGCUAAAGACCUGCUGUCUGGAGACUAUGAGGAGGAGACCCAGUCCUCAGCUGAUGAUCUUACCCCUUCAGUCACCUCCCAUGAAGCCACAGAUUUCUUUCCAAGAACACUUCGAUCCAACGCCAUCUCCGAUGGCGAUAAAGAGUCAGAGUGUGAUGAAGAUGGCCCAAGCCCAGAGGACUCUAGAAAGGAAAUAAUGGUGGGAACACAGUACCAAGCAGAGGUUCCUUCUUGCCUCUGUCACUACAAAGAUGGGGAGAAAGUGUAUGAAGAUGAAGAUGAGUUAUUAUGGAGCCCAGGUACAUUGCCAGAAAACAAGGUGAGGAGUUUUCUGUCAGAAGUAUUGUCACGGACCACGGAUGAAAAGACAGGAUGUGACAAACCAGGGAUGCAUGUUCGAGACAAUGAGCAGGCUUUGCAUGAGCUUGUCAAGUGCAACUACAACACCCGUGAAGCACUAGAGAGAUACUGCAGCCACGUAAAGUCUUCAAAAGAAAAAUCACCUCCGUGGUCAGAAGAAGAAUGCAAGAACUUUGAACAUGCACUACAGAUGUAUGACAAAAACUUUCACCUCAUACAGAAACACAAAGUCACAACACGAACGGUAGCAGAAUGUGUGGCAUUUUAUUAUAUGUGGAAGAAGUCAGAGCGCUUUGACUUCUUUGUGCAGCAGAAUCGGUUUGGGAAGAAAAAAUACAGCAGCUAUCCUGGUGUAACUGACCUGAUGGACAGGCUGGUGGAUGAGGCAGAGGGACUGGCAGUGGACAGUUCCUCCUCUGUGUGUUCAGGAGCAGGUGGAGGAGGAAGGAUGGAGACUACUACAGACCAACAGCUCAGCCUCCUCAACUCCAUCACUGCCAGUGACCUCACAGCUUUGAGUAACAGUGUAGCCACAGUGUGCAGCCCCGCAGAGGUUAGUUGCCUCGACUCCUACAGCUUUCCUCCACUGGAAAGCCUCCAUCGUGGGUCCCUAAACCAUGACGAAUCGCUUGGGUUCCCUUCCAAUGGUGCAGACCCCGACUGCCUCAACAUGCUCGACGCGGGCUUCUACCACUCUGACCUGGGCCAGCUAGGAGGAGUGUGUGUCAACAAGGACUGCGAGCGGCCCUCCAAGAGACUCAAGAUGGCACUGCCUGACUCCUUUAUCAAUGAUGUGUCUGUGGGUAACCUUGGAGUGGACUUCGAAGCACGAAGGACAACAACACACCACCACCGAAUUACUGGCGCCAAAAUGGCAGUGUCUGUCACAGACUUUGGGAGCUUGGCUGGCAGUGGCGAGCCCAAUGGAUUUCUGGGAGCACAUGCACGGCACCACACACAGCACACUGCAGCACUUCAGUCAGAGUGAUCUUCGUCUUCUUCCCUUGUUCUUCCCUUUUGAAAUCCCUUAUCCCACUUGUACAUAAGACUGACCUCAC